AUGGCUACUCAAGACAAAUAUUGCUUCGAGAGGGAUAAGAAAGAAUCGGAGAGCUACUGGAACUGGGUGAGUCUGUCCCCUCCGUGCAAGACCGGGUCAUUGGAGCUGAUGGGCAAUUUUUCUGUCAGAAUUUGGCUGCAAGAUGUGUCGAAAUUUCUGGACACACCACAAAUUGAACGCUACUAUCAUGGCUUCGAUAUUUCAGCCGAGCAAUUUCCUGAGAAUCCAGGAGCGAUCCAGUUUUCUGUUCAAGAUCUGACGAUUCCAUUUCCUCGAGAACAUCGGGAACGUUAUGACUUGGUACACGUUCGUCUUCUAGUCGCUGCCCUUGAGGAAGCUGACUACAAAGCUGCGAUCGCAAAUAUCUAUGAUAUAUUGACCGAAGGCAAAUGCUUUCAGGCUUCAGCCAAGGUUUAUGAAGAGAGCCGAGCAGCUGGGUUUAACCCUGAUCUGCGCUAUGAGAUCGAGGAGAGACUCACUGCGAUAAUUAGAACACUCUAUGCCUUUCUUUUGCUGAGAUCUAAGCAGGUCGAUACCGCGCUGGUCGCAUCACAAGAGGCAGAGAAACUGGUUGAGCAGCAUCGGCGUCUGUGCGCACAGGGAAAUUCCCCGCCACUCAAGUUGAUGAGGGUUGUGGGUCGGAAGCCUUUACUUAGUUCAUUGCUGUAG